AUGCUCUCGCAUGAGAGCCAUUUGGUACUUCUCGUCGUUGAAGAACUAAUAAUCUGGAAACUCGACUUAAUAAUUGGAUGGCACGUGAAGUACUCGUCAUCCGCAGCGGAGGACUUGGAUGAACAAGCUCGGAAGAUUGAUUACGAACAUCAACUUCUUGAACUAGAAAAAUACCAACUUCAAUUUGAAAAUCGUGAGGUCGAAUUUGCAAUUGAAAGACGGCAACUUCUCAGAGAAAAAGCUGAGGCUUAG